UCCAUCUUCCUGACGAUGUCUCUGUUCAUCAUGUGUCGCCACGCCAACCUCUCGGCCUCCGUCAAGAACAAGGAACACACUAAGUUGGCCUCCGUCAGUGGUGGAGAGGAGAGUGCGCUGCUCGACAAAAUGCAGGCUCAUGUGAGCUGGGUCCGAGGCGCCGUCGUGCUGAUGUUCCUGCUGGGGCUGACGUGGACCUUCGGCCUCCUCUACCUCAACCAGGCGUCCGUCGUGAUGGCCUACGUGUUCACCGUCCUGAACUCGCUGCAGGGCUUGUUCAUCUUCAUCUUCCACUGCGUCCAGAACGACAAGGUGAAGAAGGAGUUACGUAGGGCGGGUCGCCGACACCCCUGGCUGCGGGCGUGCCUGUGCGCCGCCCACGACCGCUCGCAGACCGGCAAGGACGCCCGCACCUCCCACAAUGCCGCCUCCCACUCACAGUCGAACUCGCACUCCUCGCAUACACUGGUCCCUCGCCUGACGUCCGGCCGCUGGACUCGGGGGGGAAGCAAGAACAGCACCACCACCUCCUCCUCGCAGGCCGGGGGGGGAAUGCCCCACCUGCCUGCGGGGGCGUCGGGGACAGCAGCGGGGGGAGCGGGAAUGGGAAUGGGGGCGGGCCCGGUGCGGGCGGGGUCGCUGUCCAGGGCCUCCCUCUCCAGGGGGUCGCUGGGCAGGGGGUCCCUCUCCCGGGCCUCGCUCUCCCGCACCCCCCAGAGGAACAGCAGCAGCCGCUCGGCUCGCCUCCACCACCACAACCUGCACACCCGCACCGCAGCGCUCGACCACGAAGAUGAGAAGUACUCGUUUAAGUCGUGCGGCCGAGACAGCGGCCACGGCGGCUCCGAGCAGGAGGACUCGCCGCGCGCCGGCCCCGCCGCCAAGCUGGCCGCCCUGCGCCUCAACAACAACGUGGCGCCGCACCUGCCGCCCGACCACCUGAUCAACCCCUUCACCACGGCCGCAGGCGCUGCCGCAGCCGCAGCCGCCGUCGGCCACGACCAGCCGUCGCCCGGCCCCGAGGCCCUGCUGCCCGACUACCGCCUGGGCGGUGAGGCGCCCACACUGCGCCUGCCGUCGUCGGGCGCCGGGCCCCGCGGGCACCGCACGCACUCGCCCUGGAACCACACCUACACGGAGAUCCCUGACGGCGCCGUGGCGGCCGGCGUGCGCGGCGCAGGUGGCGAUGGCGGCAGCGACCCCGUCUACGAGGAGAUCGAGCGCGAGGGUCGCUCCGAACUGCAGGUCAGCGACCUGAGCGACGAGGACGGGCGGCGCCACAGCUCGGACAUCUCGCGCCAGUCGUCGCGCUCUUACGGCGACCACCGCCCCCUGCUGCCCUACACCCUGCCGGACCGCCAUUCGGGCCCCCACCACCACCAGCCCCUGCCGCAGUACGACCCGCGCCUCAAGGCUCGCCCCCGCCACCCCGACGGCCUCGACGACUCGCACACGCUGCCCGGCGGCCGUCUGGGCCCGCACCUGGGCGGCCACAUGGACCACACCGUGGUGAGCCCGGGCCACAUCCUGCCCAUGUCGCAUCCCGCCGUGACCUCCGCCCACGCCCUGCCCCCCGGCAACGGCCACAUCAGCGGCCACAUCAGCGGCCACCAGUAUCUGGAGGCGGCGGCGGCACCCGGCGGCCAGCGCCUGGCGGACGGCGAGCGGGACAUGCUGGACGCGAUGGCGCAGUACAGCCCAGCGGUGCUGUCGGCGCUGGGGCAGGCGCUGCCCGUGGUGCACCCGCUGAGCGAGCCCAACCUGCGCAACUGGGAGGCGGCCCAGCGGCACCGCGACCUGCAGCAGCUGCAGCAACUGGGCGAGAUGACGGUGGCGGUGCUGAGCGGCGAGCAGGUGGUGUGCAAGCUGAAGCCGCCGCUGGCGCCCAUCCACGAGAACGCGGGCGCGACGACGCAGGUGGAGCGCCACCCGCAGCCGCCCACCUACAGCCACUGUUAAGAUCCGUGUACAGUCCUAGUUGUGUACAUACGUGUAUAGUGCUUUAAACCCAUUAAAGGCCUUUACGCUUUAUGAAUGUAGGUAUGCGAGUGUGCGAAAAAGUGUAAAGUAAACUCACGAUAAUCAUUAAUCUCUGUUCUUUAGACGCUGACGACGCAAAGGAAACGAAAAACUGGACCGACGGCGAGUCUUUCGCAAAGUGAACAUGAUGAACAAGUGACUCACUGACUCGGUUUUCCCUCGCGAGGAAAGAGAGGAUUGCCGGUUGGCUGUCAUCCUAGUCAGGUCGCAAGCAGGAGGAGGAACACGCUGCUGUGUGUCCAUCCUUCGAGGCGAAUUCCUAUCGAAAUGCCAAAAUCAAAGGUGGCCCUGCUUCCUUCCUUAAGUGUGAACUUAAAAACAUUUCACGGGAGACAGUACUUGUGUUAGAGAAAAACUGAGAUAGAAAAAAUAAGUUUUUUUUAAGGGGACACAGAAAGCGAGACUUUCAGAAAGUCGAAUUCAGACGAAAAACAAAACGAAAAAAAAAACACGAUGGGGAAUAAAUGAUGACGGUGGUUUGGAUGUGAAAUUACACGAGUAUUUUUUGCUUGCAUUUCUUUCCAUUAACUCUCGGCACUCAAGCUCCUCCUGCUGUGACCAUCGCCAGGCACGCUGCUGCCCGGACCCCGCUCGCUGACUGAAGCAACAGCAGCAGCAGCUCCGACGUGUGUGAACUUAUUUAUUGCACAAUUUCUUUGGAUGAUGAUGAUGGUGACUGAUGAUGACGGUGGCGAUGAUGAUAAAAAAAAAAUAUUCCCAUAAAAAAAACGGCAAAAAUACUUUGUAGAUAGUCACAUUAAGGACACAUAAUGAAUCUAAGGAGAAUUCUGUUUUUUGUGACCAUUGGAACCAAUCUAUGGAGUGUUUCCUUCAAGCAUUACAGGAUAUCAGAUGCGGCUUAAGAGGCCUUUCUUUGCAUUUUAUUUGCAUAUUUUUUGUUCUUUUUUGUCUGCUUUGUUUCAGGAAGUUCUUCGUAGGAUCAAGUAACCCAAGUUCAGAUUUAGGAAGCUCUAUUUGAUCGACGAUUUAAAUGAAAUAAAAAUAGAAAAAAAAGUAAGAGAGUGGAUCGUCUAGGCUCACAACAAGAGGAACCCAGCGAGAACGUCCCUUGUAGAAAGACAAUGUAGAUAAUGCUAAAAUGGUUGUACAGUAGAGUGAGGAGAAGAAUCUGAGAGAGAGAGAGAGAGAGAGAGAGAGAGAGAGAGAGAGAGAGAGAGAGAGAGAGAGAGAGAGAGAGAGAGAGAGAGAGAGAGAGAGAGAGAGAGAGAGAGAGAGAGAGAGAGAGAGAGAGAGAGAGAGAGAGAACGUGCGUGCGUGCGUUCGUGAAGGACUUCGUAAGUGAUUGAGUGUGAGAUAGUAAGAGAGAGAGAAUAACUUGAUGUUGAAUUCCUCAGCAUCUGAGUUUGAAAAAAUAAAACAAAUGGACAAUUUAAGCAUGACGAUAACCUCGAAAGCAACCAUCUUUAAAAAAAGAAAGAAAUUCUAACAUAAGUUUUGUACUUGUAUGAGGGAAAAACUAAAGAGAAAAUGUUUGAUUCUUGUGACAGACAUUGACUCUGUUCAGUACAGGGCGCUGGGGUCCCUCGCCAUUCCACAGAGGGAGGAGGGCCGCGGUAGACCCCUCCCCCCCCCCUUGUUGAUCAUUAUUAUGUAAUACAGCUUCCUCUUGUUUGUGCGUUUUUCUUCCAUAGAUGUUUCAAUUCUCAUUCAUUCUAACAUUGUUAUUAUUGACAGAUAUAAUUCUUUGUGUGUAAGAUGUCACGAAGAUAAAUGUCUUUUUUUAAAUGAUUUUGUUUUUCUUUGUUACAACUCUUUUCUUCUUCUUUUUUUCAUUUUUCUAUCUCUUUUAAUAUCAUUAUGGCUGAUUCGUCUAACUUUGGAGAGACACUUAACACACGCACCAAGAUUUUUUUUUUUUUUUUUUGUAAUGUCUUUACCAGUUUGUUGUGAGAAACGCAUUAAAUUUGUCUCUGUUUUGUUAUCGUUCACGUUUAUUUUAAUUUUUUUUUUUUUUAUGUCAUUAUCUUGGCCGCAUUUUAACGCUCUUGACACUCUUUAGCUUUUAUUGUUUGUAACUUGUUUUAAACUUGAUAUUUUUGUACCCGGAAAAAAUACACAUAUAAGAAUACGUUUUUUAUCAAAAAUUCACAAUUGAAAUGAACGACUAGUAUCAUUUGAUCGCAUUUUAUAUUCGGCGCGACACUUUCCACAAAUCAUUUGGGGAUUAACUUUCCUAUUUAUUCAGUAACCUGUACGGCAAAACUCGGAUCGCGAGUCUUUUAAUAAGAGUGUCAGACAUGUUGGCUCAUCAUAAAAUCUCUAAUAAAAAUACUAAAAAACUUCAACUAACUUAUAUUUCUGUGCCUCUCUCCCAUGUGUAGUCAUUGUAUAGAAUCAGCUCUGUUUUGUAAUAUUUUGUAUGUAAACUGUGAUACAUGUAUUAAAUGAAACAAGAAUCUAUCGCCAAAUUGAUAUCAAAUAAAUUAUUGUGAAAAAAAAAAA